CAGGACGUAGUAUUUCCAGGAAAUAAAAUUAAAAUUGUUCCUGAAACUCAAACUUUUUAUUAUAAUCUUAUCUAUAAUCUAUAAUUCCAGUGUGCCGGCUGCAUGACCGUCGGUGUGAUUGGCCAGCCAGCCCCAUCCACCAGCCCUGGUACCUUCACUUGGGGCAUGAAUUGGGGCAUAGCAUACGAGCUGCCCAAUGCCACGGAGACUUCCAAGUACUACAGAAGAUAUAACCGUCUGUCUAAGCCUAAGGAACAGAGAAGAAGUAGAAGAGAGCUGUAUGGGAAGCUGGAGAAGAUUAUGGAGAAUAUGGGCUACGAUGGUAGACAAUGUAUCCUCAAGACGUUAUGUGAGACCACCCAGAGACUUGUUCCACAUGGAGACAACAUGGUUGAGGAGAUGUUCCGGACUUUGUUUACCUUACCAAUGACGAAGGUCCUAGCAUCAGAACCUCUAGAGCACGCGACAUACGACGCAGCACAUCGACUCGGCACAUUACUAGCUAAUUGCGACCGGUUCACCUGUCCUAUAUCCUUGGUAGACUUAGUUCAAGGGUAUUAUAAUGCGCCUUCUCCGAAAUUGGAUACAGGUUUGAAUCCUUGGGCUCUGUUUAGCAGUAAUUUUGGGUAGAAAUAAAUAAAGUGAUUG